UUUUAUUGUUUUUCUUUACAGGUACCAAGACAAUGUUAAAAGCUUUCAAAAUUGUGACCUUUGUGCUGAUCAUCACAGUGUCAGGUCUUCUCAUCAAACAAAACAGUAUUUCCAAUAUAUAUUUUAUCAUAGCAGAACUUUUUAACUCUAAUGCCAGGAAUUUAAACUACAGUGCAAGUUGGAGAGCUGACAACUUAUUUAAUCAAACAGGUGAAUCUGCAAGUGCUGUGACUAUGAAAUCAAAGGUCCUUCUAAGUGAAGGAGUUGAUAAAUUUCUUCUUAAACCUACCAAAAGGACCGUGACUCUGAGUCCCAGAGAGAUUCUGAGGAAAGGAGACGGAAUAAUAUUUCUGGAGACUACAAAUAGCCUUCGGCCAUCUUCUUUAGUAUUGUGUGCUAUUGAGUCAGCAGCCCAUGUGUACCAUAACAGGCCAGUAGUCUUCUUCAUGAAAGGUUUAACCGAUAUAACUACAAUGGAAGAGGAGAGCCAAAUACGGAACACCUUCCCAACACUUGCAACCUAUAAGAAUGUCUACAUCUUUCCCCUGAGACUUGAGGAAAUAUUUGAGGACACCCCUCUUCUUCCAUGGUACAAAAAGUUUCGCAAAGGUUAUUGUGGUCCAACAGUCAUUUUUUAG